GAUGCGCGUCGCUGUGUUGUGUGUGUCGCGUGAGUGUGUACAGUGUGUGGGGGGUGGGUAACACUGCUGAGCAGGAAACCGCUGACAUGAAGGACACAUCGUACCGACAGCAGGUUUGAACCCCACAUCUGUCCUCCUCCUCCUCCUCCCGCCGGUCGGUCGCGAUGGAUUUCGUCCUGAGCGGAGUGGCGGCGUGCGGAGCGUGUCUGUUCACCAACCCGCUGGAGGUCGUCAAAACGCGUAUGCAGCUGCAGGGAGAGCUCCGGAGCCGGGGCACCUACCAGAUUUAUUAUCGCAACGUGUUCCACGCUUUUUACACCAUCGGUAAAGUGGACGGGCUGGCCGGCUUACAGAAGGGACUGGUGCCCGGGCUGGUUUAUCAGUUUUUUAUGAAUGGAGUCAGACUCGGCUCAUACGCCAUCAUCGACUCCUCUGGUUACAUUCACACCAAUGGAAGGGUCAGCGCGGUCAAAACCACGGUGGCAGGGGCCGUGGCAGGAGUGGUGGGAGCCGUGAUGGGCAGUCCCAUAUACCUGGUGAAGACUCAUCUGCAGAGUCAGUCUACCUCCUCUAUUGCGGUUGGACAUCAAUAUAAACACCAGGGGAUGAUCCACGCUCUGGCAGCCAUCUACAGGGAGCACGGCAUUCUGGGACUGUGGAGGGGCUCCAGUGCUGCUGUGCCCAGGGUCAGCGUGGGGUCAGCCGCUCAGCUCUCAACAUUCUCCUCCUCCAAGGAGCUUGUGAUUGACUUGCAGGUUUUCAGAAAGGACAGCUGGUUGGUGGCCCUGAGUGCCGGCAUGAUCAGCAGCGUGGUGGUGGUGCUGGCUAUGACACCUUUUGACGUGGUGAGCACACGGCUCUACAACCAGCCCGUUGACCAUGCGGGAAAGGGCCAGCUUUAUAAAGGAUUCGUUGAUUGCUUCUCCAAGACGCUGAGGAAGGAGGGCUUGACAGGACUCUACAAAGGAUUGGGAGCCUCUUAUUUCCGGCUCGGUCCACACACCAUUCUGUCCUUGUUCUUCUGGGAUGAACUGCGCAAACUGUACAAGCAGUGCAGAUAGCACCUGGGACAAGGAGACUGGAAAAUGGGUAACUCAUUAAGCUCAGUGCAUAGGUUAAAUGAGUCCUCAUUUAAUGAGUUUAUGAGAUGCUCUCCUUUCUUAAUGGGAAAAGAGCAAAGGUAACAUUUUACACUCCAAUAAGAAAAUACAUCAGUACAGUCAAAAUGUAUCAGGGAGGAAGGGGAGCAUGUUGUCAGGAGUUGGGAUGCACUUGGAAUAGUCUUGCUAACAUGUGCUCAGAUGAUGAUGAUAAUCUACACAGGAAUUUAGAGGAUAACACAAUAUAAUUCAUAUACAGUAUACUGUAUGUCCACUGGGGUAAAUACAUUUGCUGGGUAAAACAUCACUUUUACAGCUCUUAAACUCUUCAGUUACAUCAUUCCAAAAAAUAUAAAACAAUCUGCGCUGGGAACAACCGUGUACCUUCUGGAGAAAGCAUCAAAUAUGGCUCACUGUUUGAGAAAAUAAACAGAUUGUGCCAACAGCCACAACAGUGGCACAUAAACUCUAAUAUGAAAUGACUGGUGCAAAUUGGCCAGGUGGCAGCUGCUUCAAGCUUUGUUAACAUAGGCAAUAGAGUAAAUUAGUAUACUCAAAGGGAAACAGAUAAUGUUGGCAUGGUGAUACAGUCUCAUCAGAUGUGUAUAGAAGUAGCACAGGUGAACAAAAAUGACCUGCGACAGCUUUGUAUUGGCAGGAGGCAAUGCAGCGUAUAAUAUGGCAACAGAAGUACGAAUUCUGUGGAUGAGGGAUUUCCUGUGAGCAGCUUUGCCUUCAAGGUAACAAGUGUUGUUAAAGUCAAAGAAGACCUGCUCACCGAUCACUGAGGGUGAGCCCGUCAGCACAGACUGUUGUUGUAAAACCAAAAUUUGUUCAAACCCAAACUCUCCACUAGAACUUUAGUUCUAGUGGAGAGUUUCCAAAGAUAGAAAAUGUAUAAGAUACAGAAUAAGAGGCAGCUCUUAGACAAAGACUUUGUGUACUGAGGAAGAAAAAUCUGUACUUAAGGAAAUAGUUUGGACCUCAUAUAAACCAAACAUUAUGCCUGCCUAUGUCAAGUGAAAUUGCUAAAACAGCCUGAAAGGAAAUAAACUUUUGAGGAAGUUUGCUGAAUAUGCCUUUAGGGUUCUGUGAUAUUCAACAAAACAAGCCAGUGCAUUAAAUAAAUAAAAAGUGAAAGUAAAGUGUCUUUUCUGAAAAGAAAUACAGCACAGUACUGUACCUGUUUUUACAUUUUCAUUAGUCAUUGAUAACAUAACGUAGCACAGAAAUGAAUCUUUUGCUCUUUAUUGGCAAAAAUUUGAAUAUAUCAAGCUUAUGUCAUUUUAACAUGCAGCUAAAUUUCUCUCAGUAUCCACUCACAAAGACCAUCUCCACGGUCUUCUAUGAUUUUCUGCACAAUAAUAAUUUCUAACUUUUAAAUUGAGCUGUAUUUAUUAGUGAAUAUUGUGCAUAUCCAUCAUUCUGACCAGAGAACACUAUAGUGACGUGUGUACAAAAGCAGUUCAGAACAUCAUCAUUGUGAAAAUGAUUUAUUUAUUUGUAUUGUUUGUUUUUAUAGAGACACAAGUAAAUAGACAAAUGUCCUACAGCACUUCAGUAUAGCCUGGCCUAAUCAGUUAUGCUUGGACUGGCUUUCUAAAAUCCAUACAGUGCAAUAAAAAUACCCACAAUAAAUAGAUACAGUAAAAGUAAAAAAGGAAAAUACCUGAUUCCAUGGUAACUCUGCAAUAACUGUAAUAAAAUUGUGUUUUCCAGCUCUCCAUGAAUGUACGUGCCUCAAAUAACCAGAUUAACUGUUACAGCUGUUAUAAACUAAAUUAGUUGAUUCAUCGUUCUUCAUCGUUUAUGUGCUACAUGGCAUCAUCAUUUUAAUUAGUGUCCGAACUGCUGACUCCUUUUGCUUGUUUUUAAACACCCUGUGUCAGACCUCUAUAUAGGGUCAUACCAAGGCCAGCGUGUCAGCACUGUUUCUGUUGUUUAAAAAUGUUCAAACUCAUUCAUCUUCAGUUACAAAAUCUAAAUGCUUACAGUAUGUGUUUAGACAAACUGCUAGUCAUAAAAUGGUGUGCCUUAAUCAUUCAUCAAGAAUAAAAUUAAGAUUUAUACUUAAGCAAUGCUAAACUUUUGAAAACUUUUUGUCAGCUAUUUAAAGAAUUAUAUAUUUCAGCACUGCCAUCAGUCAUUAAUAUUUGCUUUUUAACUACUUAUUAUUUGUUAUUUAUUAGGAUUGACACACAUUAUAAUUAUGAGUUUUUGUUGUGCAAUACUAAAAUGAAUCCUCACUGACACCUUUAAAAUAUGUAGGUAUUGACAGAAAUGAAAAUAUUCACCAGGGUCCAGUGAGUCAGUUUUUCCUCACAGUUUGAAAAGGUCAUUCCCCUGACUCCAGCAGCUCACUUGUUUUUUCUUACAAAAGCACCAAACCAUUAUAGUUUCUGCUGCACCAGUGAGCAGUUACUUACAGUUUUGUGAAGCCUGUGCAGUUUAUUAGUCAGACUGACCGUGACUGGAUAAUGUUGGUAACAUUUUGAACUCUCUAAUGUGUGAGCCAGAUUGGAUGUUUUCUUCAUAAAGUUGAACGAUACUCUGCAAGAUCUCAAGAAUUUAAUAAUUCAUUAUUAGUUAUUAGUGAUUUCAAUAGAGCAUCUUUUGACAUGACAGCACAAUGUGUCUGUCAUGGCACAUGCAGUAAAUGCACUGUAGCUAGAGGAACACAUAUCUGUCAUCUCAAUUUCCAUAACAGAAGAAAGGAGACUAAUGUUACUUGAGUUUAUUUGUAUCAUGAAGUUGAACCUUUGGUUUUCUUAUAUGAAGAAUAUUUCUACAGCAAGAGUUGCCAUUUUAUAUUUUUGAAGCGACUUUGUCUUCUCAAUGUAAUGAAACUCAUUUGUAUUUUUAACACUGUAUAUGGUUAAUCAUGGGGUUUUCUUAUGUUUGUUCAGAUUUAUCUUGUAGGGUAAAAUGAAUGGACAAGGAUGCUACUGAAGUAUCAGCUGUACUGUAUAUUUCAUACACUGACAGAACAGUUAACAUGAUUAUGGUGGAUCAUACUAUAACUGCCUUUCCUGGACCAUAUUAUUAGACUAUGGAAGUUAUGUUUGAAAUAAUAGCUCAAGCAAGUCUGACCAGAAAUGAUCCCUGUUGAACAAAACUUUGUGCCAAACAUUGUGCCAUUUGUCAAGUUCACAUCAAGCCAGCUGAAGACAUUUUGGUGGUUCAGACACCAAAGAGUGCUAAAAACACCAAACUAGACUGGCUGACGAAUCCUUGAAAUAAAAACCACUAAUUGUUUUUUGUUUUAUGCAGUAAAACGUCCUCGCUCUCUUCACUUCUCUCACACUCCUCAGCUAACUCUUAGCCAUGCCAUUGUGACAAAGCCAUUUUUGUCCUGGUCAUUUAUGCUGUGAAUUGAAUUGAAAGCUCUACAAUGUCUACACACUGAACAGUUACUGGCUAGUUUAUGUAAUUUAGGAUCCUGAAGAAUUAAAAUAUUGAAAAUUAAUGUGGAGAGGGACUGAUGAUGAUAAAAAGAUGCUAAAUAUAGUUUUGAUACUUUGGGUUGGAAGUUGCUCGACUCUGUUGCAGGUGGUUCCAGUGUAAAGUCUUUACUGACUUGUGUACUGUAUCAUAAAAUGUUUUGACAGUUGUCCUAAGACUUGAGCAGUAUCAGUGAAUGUUACAUACCGCUGCUUGAUAAUGUUUCAUGAAUGUGUAACAACAUGCAUUUCCUGUUAUGGGCAGCCAGUAUUUCUGUGUAAUGGAGAUGAGGAGAAAAUAAAUGAUCAGACUUUUUAGUCACGGA